AUGGGCAGAUCUGCACAAUUUCAGCCACCUUUUCUUGUCUCUUUUCUUGUUUUCAUCUUCAUUAAUCCUUCUUUAAAGCAAACCCACCACCACCACCUCCUCCGUCGUCACACGGCGGAAAUGGGUGGCCAUGUGGUGGAUGACUGCCGUGGGGUGCUCAAAGUCUUCAGUGAUGGCUCAAUAUGGCGCUCCACUGAACCCAGCUUUCAAGUCCCCGUCGUCGAUGAUGGCUCUGUCCUUUGGAAAGACGUCCUCUUCGACCCACCCAACAACCUUCACCUCCGCCUCUACAAACCCGCCCCCGGUGGGUCCGAAAAGCUCCCGGUCUUUUACUACAUCCACGGGGGCGGCUUCUGUAUCGGCUCACGGACAUGGCCCAACUGCCAGAACUACUGUUUUAAGCUGGCUCUGGCUCUCCAAGCCGUCAUCGUGGCUCCUGACUAUCGGUUGGCCCCCGAGAACCGGCUCCCGUUGGCAGUUGAGGACGGGUUCACUGCGGUUAAGUGGCUCCAGUCCCAAGCCGUGGCUUCCGAGCCUGAUCCGUGGCUUGUUGACUCUGCGGACUUUAGCCGUAUCUUCAUAUCUGGUGACUCGGCUGGUGGUAACAUUGCUCAUAAUGUGGCGGUUCGGUUAGGCGCGGGUUCGAAGAGCUUGGAGCCGGUUCGGGUCAGAGGGUAUGUUUUAUUGGCGCCGUUCUUUGGUGGGACCGUGCUGACCCGAUCAGAGGCUCAAGGACCGAACGACGCGUUCUUGAACUGGGAACUCAUCGACAGGUAUUGGAGGCUAUCGAUUCCGGAUGGGGACACCAUGGACCACCCUCUGGUGAACCCGUUCGGACCAAUUAGCGUGGAUCUUGAACCGGUCGAGUUCGAUCCGAUGCUCGUGGUUUGUGGGAGUUGCGACUUACUGAAAGAUCGAUCGAAAGAGUAUGCAGAAAGAUUGAAGAGUUGGGGGAAGAAGGUGAAGUAUGAAGAAUUUGAAGGUCAACAACAUGGGUUUUUCACUAUAAAUCCAAAUUCAGAACCAUCCAUCAAAUUGAUGCAAAUCAUCAAAGAUUUCAUCACCCAAUAUUCCUGAUCUGAUCUGAUCUGAUACACGUCAGAUCUGUGUAUAUCUCAUCUUCAGAAUUAGAUGUCAGAUCUGUGUGUAUCCCACCUGUGUUGUAUUUUUAUCAGAUCAACAGAUCGCGUCUUUAAUAUGAAUAACAUGUGUCCCUGGUUUUUGCUUUU